GGAUCUUGUGACUAUUUAAUAAGGUAAAUAAUUUCACCUCCUAUUUUGUUGAUCGGGUUGUAUUGUGAAAUAGCUUAAUAUUGUGCAUGAUCUACCCUUUCUUCCCCACUCCACAUUGAUAAGCCUGGUACCCUAGUAGCAAGGUCUGCAGAGGUCCUCUUCCUAUCUGAACAGUUUAAGGUCUUUCCCUGUCACUGAUCCCAGAGAUUCUGCUCUGUUCUAAUACAAAUCCCAGAACCCUUCUAAACCAGUCAAAAGCCCUGUCCUCUGGGAAGCCACCCUUGACUUUUAUUUCCAAACACUUUUGAAGCUGGAGCUCCAGGGUUUAUGUGGGGAAUCAGUGUUCUUUGAUUACAAGAGGCAGAGUCUAGUGAUGGAGACAGAAAUAUGGAGUAACAGCAGUGUAAUAAACACUUAAAUCAGGGACUGAGAGGGGACACAAAGGAAUCCCUAAGCAGGCUGAGUGGCUGGGGGCCUGUUGAAGCCAUUUCUGGACCACGUAAGUCUUGAAUCUUCAGCUCGGUGGGUCCUUCAUAGAGGAAGGCAAGUACCUCAACAUGAGAAGCACCUGGGUAUGUUCUUGACCUAGAGAUAAGUCUGGUUAUAUCCUUGGGCUGGUUGUAAAAAUGGAGAGUGUCAGUAAGAAGGUGGGUUAUGAGCCUGCUUGUCUCACAUCGUCCGCAGCUGCUUUACUAGUAUUCUUAUUCCUCCCACCCCCCAAGAUGAAAUGUGGCAACUGUGGUGAAAUUUCAGAGAAGUGGCAGUACAUCCGACUGAUGGACAGUGUGGCAUUGAAGGGAGGCCGUGGCAGUGCCUCUAUGGUCCAGAAAUGCAAGCUGUGUGCACGGGAGAAUUCCAUCGAGAUUUUGAGCAGCACCAUCAAGCCUUAUAAUGCUGAAGACAAUGAGAAGUUCAAGACAAUCGUAGAGUUUGAGUGCCGGGGCCUCGAACCAGUUGAUUUCCAGCCCCAGGCGGGGUUUGCUGCUGAGGGUGCGGAGUCAGGGACAGUCUUCAAUGACAUUAAUCUGCAGGAGAAGGACUGGACUGACUAUGAUGAGAAGACUCAGGAGUCUGUGGGAAUCUUCGAGGUCACACACCAGUUCGUGAAGUGCUGAACCCCCUUGCUGCACACUUCUCCUUAAGAACUGAGAAGAGACAAAGUGCCCCAACAAUAGCACCUGCAGAGGCUGGUGCCUGUGUCCCUCAUCUCUUGGCAGCUGUACCAUGCCCUUCUGAUCUGCAUGCUGGGCUUUGUCUUAGCUCCUAGGCCUCAUCAAUAAAGCCCUGGUUCUUGCUGCCCUGAUGUGUGAAGGAAGAGUCAGGAGGCAGCCCCUCCUUCCACAAAAAAGAAUUCACACCGGAGGGCUCAGCUUUCUGGCCCCUUCUUUUGGUCCUAAGUCCCUGAUCCACUUUCCAAAACAUGCAGGAGCACAGGUUUCUAAAGGCUCUCCAGCUCAGGAAGAGUAGGACCCAGAGGACUGAAGGUGUCAGAGCCAGUGGCACCAUGGAAUGAUGCCAUAAGCCAAGCAGUCCUGAGCCAAACACUGCACUGACCAACCUGCCUCUCAGGUAAACCCAAGCUUCUGUUGGCUGGUGACACUUCACAUAGCAGGACUAAAAGACUUUAGAGGGCAGCAGCUCACUCCUGGCCUAUUUUUGCUGUACAUAAUUCCUGGCUAAUGGUCAUUAGGUCUGCUCACUUGCUGUGAUGGGGCAUUCCCAGCCCAUCUGGAGCAUUGGUAUGAAAGUUUGUCCUUGUGUUGAGUCAGCCUCUGUGCUCCCUGAGGUUCUCCUGUGGAUCCUAGUUUGCCCCUGUGGCCACACUAUUGUGUUGUUCUGCCUCUGGGCAAUACUUUGGAGUUGUGAAGAGGUAGUCAAGAGCUGCUCGUGGGCCCAAGAUCCCCAGCCAGACAAGGGCUUGGCCAUGAGAGGAUGCACAUGCCUUCACUCUGGUGAACCCACCAUUUAUAAAACCUGUUAACCACAGUCCUUAAUUCUCCACUGUUCUGGCGGAACUUGGAAUUCUUUGGAAGAAAAAGUAUCUGUGGCUACCACUUUCUGUGAGUGGGAAAGGGUCUGCCAACUCCCGGGCUGGCUACAGGGCUCUAGGAAGAAAUCUUUUGGUUUCAGGCAAAGCUGGCUGUGCAAGGGUGUGCAGGGCUGUCCCCUUUUCAGUCUGACAGCCACACUGUGGCUCUAAAUCACUACAUUCCCUAUUGCCUGGGCUCUUCUGCAUCUGACAGCAGGCCUUCUGCAGUCUUCCUUCAGCCCACCCCUUGCCCACUGCCUGGUCCACUGCCUCGACAGGAAGUCAGUCACACAGGGAACUUAGGGUAGGGGGAAGCAUCUGUUCUUGCAUUUAGUCUCUUAGCCAGUGUGUAAGUUGCAGAAGUCAAGGUUACUUCAUAUUUUAAAUUACUUUGGAUAUGUCAGGAGGUAGGAGAACUCAAGUGGAUCAUUAACAGGUUAAAACUGGAAAAGAUAUUCAGUGGAACUCAAUAUCCAUUUAACAAAUCAAACUCUUAGCAACCAGGAGUAAAAGGGAACUCCAAGAAGUAUAUCUACAGAAAACCUAGAGCAAGUGUUUAAUCAGUGAUGGAAGUGUUUGAAGUAGGACACACCCAAGGUCAGGAGAGAGGAGGAGCCCUCAGCCACAGCUGCUGUUCUUUGUGUUGGAUGCCACUGGUGUGGGAUGAUAAGGUGAAAAGUUAGAAAAGGGAGAAAGAACUCAGUUCUUCACAGAUAAUGGUUUUCUGCUAUUCCAAAAGAACAGAUGCUAGGUCUAAGAUUAACUUACAGAAAUUGAGUGCAUUUCAGUAUACUAUUUAUAAUUCAAGAAAAGAUAAUCACAACAGCAACCAAAAAAUACCCCCUCAAAAGUAACUGAUAAGAACUGGACAUGGUGGCACACGCCUAUAAUCCCAGCACUCAGGAGGCUGAGACAGGAGGAUCGCU